AUGGUUGAUAUUUUGAAGACUUUGUGUCUAAGGUUUAAGGGUUUGCAGUUGGGUUGUUUUACGUUACGGUAUUCGCUGCCCAGUUAUCCGAGUUGUUUUCUAGAAACGGAUAGCGAUUUGGACAUGAUGAGGACAUUUUUGUUUGUAUCAAAUGAGAAGAGUGUUGAUAUUUUAGUGAAGGAUUUAUGCGGGAGCAGUGAAUAUAGUGGUGAUUUUUGUGUAAAUAAGGAGUUGAUAGCAUGUGAAAAGGGCGAGUCGUCGUGUUCUAGUACUGUCGAAGACAGAAAUGAAUUUUUGGGCAGGUCGAAGAGAGCAAGUGCUAAGCCUUUGUUGUCGAAUGAGUGGGAGACGUACAUACAUCAUGUAGGGCAGAAGUUUGACGGUGGUGCAGAGGAGUUCCGUUUGAAAUUGUGCAAGUACGCUCUUGAAGUAGGAUUUAAUUUUUUAUAUGCCGGCAAUGACAAGAAGCGGGUGGUUGCUAUUUGUUCGAAUAAGAAAUGGAGGGUUGUAGCUGGCGUGUUUAUGCUUCUCGUUGUGAAGCUACUGGCUGUUUUGUAA